AAAUUGUUGGUACUCCUAAUAUGGUUACAAUUGAAACAUGUGUUUAGAUUCUUAGGCAAGCCCAGAAAGGUGUAUGUAAUUAUUGGCAUGGCUAAUCAUAGGUCACUAACCUUUUCUCUGGAGCUUAAAAAUAGAGAAGUGUGUAAUAGAAGUUUCUUCCAGUUUCCUAGGAAAUGCUUUAAAAAGAAACAAGCAAAAUUUUCCUUGGUGCUCUUCUACCUCCUUUUGACACCUCUCUUCCACUCAGGUUCACCAUAGGCUCAUGCACCCCCCUUAAACCUACACUACCUUUAAAAACAUUUCCAAAUUCGGUGUACAAAAAUUGAAUUCCAGCAUUAAUAAUUAUAGUGAAAAUUUGGCAACAACAUAUGUAUCCAUCAAUGGGAGAUUUGUGAAAUAAAUUAUAAUGUAUCUGAAUCAUGGACAGUAUGUUAUAAACACAAUAAUAACAAUCUACUUUUUUGGGAAAAUAUAGCCUUGACCUUUUAGAAGAUAAAAAAGCAUGCUAUAAAACAGGAUUUAAAGACUUACUUGUUCACUUGACUAGCCUUAAAAAAAAUUUUAAAAAGAGCAUUUUUCCAUCAGUCUGGAAGGAUGUUGGUGUUGAGGUUGGUGUACAUAUCAAGGACAGUAACUACCGUGGCUUCUGAAGUUUUGGCAAAGCCUCAGAUGCGUGGCCUUCUGGCCAGGCGUCUGCGAAUUCAUAUGGUUGGAGCAUUCCUGGUAUCCCUGGGGGUUGCAGCUCUCUAUAAGUUUGGUGUGGCUGAACCAAGAAAGAAGGCAUACACAGAUUUCUACAAAAAUUACAGUCCCCAGAAAGAUUUUGAGGAGAUGAAGAAGGCUGGUAUCUUUCGUAGUAUAAAGUGAUCUUGGAAUAGAAGGAAUUUCUUCAGGUUGAAUUACCUAGAAGUUUGUCACUGACUCGGGUUCCUGAACUAUGACACAUGAAUAUGUGGGCUAAGAAAUAGUUUCUCUUGAUGAAUAAACAAUUAACAAAU